UCUCAGUGGACGCUGAGGCUGGCCACGCAUUGGGUUGACUACAAAAAAAGAGAGACGUGUUAUCUGUUCUUGUUGUCGAGAUUCCUGGUUUGUCUAUUUUUAUGAUUAUUGUUGCGUGCUGCUGGUGCUUACAUACAGUGUGCAUGGUUCAAGAACGGUCAACGGUGAAGAUGGGGAAGAUUCUUUCUGAGAAACAAAACAUGCAGAGCUCUGUUGCUAGUUGUAGUUCUGUUUCAAAAUUACUCUGUUGAGAGAACAAGCGCCAUAAAUAACUAUCUGUGAGUUUAUCUCUGGUGGAGCGGGGUAAUUGACAGCCCGCUCGAUAUUUUUUGAGAUGAAGGUACUGCAACAUAUAGGAUUGCUAGCUGGAUAUUUUUCGGCUUAGCGAGCCAAUCAUAAUGCACCUUUCUUCUAGCGCAGGAACCAUUUUGUUCAAGCUAGUUUUCCCCCCAAGUCGAAUAUUAAGAGUUGAAGAUUCUCACUUUUUAGUUUCAUUGCGCCGAAGGAAGUUCCUUGUUCUUUUUAGGCAUUAUUCUUACUUUUUUGUACCUGUAACUAAUCUUUGGUGGUAUUUGAUUCUUUUCGAUCCUUGUUUGAAAGCACUUUAAUCGUGCUCGUGGUGCUUGCAUUUUUCCUUAUUGAUUCUUGGAAGAUUUAUUUUUAUAUAAUUUGCUUUCGUUCCGAGGAAGUAAAAUGUCAAAAGCUGGAGGAUCUCCUUCGCUGGUCCCGGGACCACUCCAGAUGCCCCAAAUGGCACCACUUCCGGGUAUCCAGGGUGUCAAACUUAACGUGUUGACGAGCGUCGGUGGUCAGUCACCAGCUGCAGCACCCGCAGCCAUCCCUUCUAUGCAGAAGCAGCCGCAAGCUUCCGCGCCUCCGGCUCAGUACUACUUUCUUACUCAAUUCACCAAUAGAUAAAGACAAGCCGCGUGGCUGCAUUUUCAAUUCCUCGCACUGCGCCAUAUGUAUUAGGUUCAGCUUCAGGAUGUUGUACAAUAUAAGCUAAAGAGUCAUCCUACUUGUAUUUCAUCUCAUUUUCUGGUGGGUAUCCUGCUCCUUCCUCUAGUGCAUCUGGACACCAUCAUCAAUUGCAAUACCACAUCAGGUCGCAAGGUCCCAGACAGACUGCCAUUCCGCAAUCUGUAGUCAACAGUGGCAACGAGAGACUGGCGAACCAGUGGACGAGAGCUACCAACGUUUGCACCAGCAUAGAUUCUAUGCUUGCUACUCUUGCAGGUAUGCUGCACUUAGAAUUUGAAGAAAUAUCAUCAUACGUCUUUUUUAGUUGUAUCUUUCAACUACAUCUAUUAUUUAAAGCUAUUUCAUUGGUCAUAUUAGAGGUUGGUCACUGAAAUCGAAGAGGGCCCCCUUGAGAGAACGGGGGAAAAUGAAGGGAAAGGGGAGAGCCUUGGGGGGUGUCUCUUCCGUUCAGAGUCGGUGGCCAAUGUGUGCUGCGCUUUCAAUCUAGCUUACGACUGCUAUGUAUUGCAACGUAUACUAUGAUUUGGAUCUUUUUCAGUAACAGCAUCUUCAAGAUUGAGAAUGUUUUAGAUUUUAGAAGGAGACGGAAACGCAACGACAAAAUACAGCGAUGAAAUAUUAUCAACAACUCACGACGCUCACCUCAACAGAGCUAUACGAGCAGAACUCCUACUGGAAGGAAAAGUACAUUGACUCGAAAAAGGAGCAUUUCUCCAAGUACAUGAAUUCAAGUGCCUCUGGUCUUCUAACGUCGUGUUUCCAGAGCUGGAAAGGAUACACGUUCGAGACUUUCUCAGACCGAAAAGUGGAAGGGUAUAUAGUUAAAGUCCAAGACUGCAAGGACGGCGAAGCCGUUCAUUUCUGCUGGUUUGAGCGAGAUUAUUUUUUAAGUAGACCAAAGGGGACAACGUCGGCGCGUCGGUCUUCUCUUCACUUGGGGGCUGCGCAUCCUACACGCAGCGCUGUCAUGUCACGACAGUGCUUCGCGUCCCUUCUCUUUCUCAUUCUCUUCUCUCUCUAAAGUUUUCUAUUCUCUGUUCUCUUCUCUGAUUCUCUAUUCUGUGGAUCACUAUUAUUCUCUUUUCUCCCACCCUUUCCUCCCUAGGCUUGGGCACCCACCACUUCGCAGGCAAUUCGCGGUGCUCUUGCCUCGGAACUGGGCCGUUGCCCAAAACCGCCGUAGCGGUUGCCAUUCUCGACCUUCUCGUCUCAACGUCUCUAAUUCGUAUCUAUGUUGUUCCCUUCGAAGUCCUCACUUAACACUACUGCUCACUCGCCCCGGCGGAUGUUCUCACGCUUCAAUUGACAACAUCCACUUCGCGUUCGGGGCUUGUGGGCUAGUCUGAAGUGCUGGCCUGCAGGCGUAAUCAGUUUCGCUCCAUGUUGUUCCUUCACGAUUCAUCUCGGUCAAAUAAGUAACUUGUUGCGCCCCUUAAGAUAUACGUCGACGUACCUGAUGGUAAGAGUUACGGGGGGUAAAUGCCUAGAAGCCCUAGUCUUAGUAUUGCCAGUUGUUGUUUUAAUGCAGCAUAACUGAAGCUAUAGGCGGUCAUUUGAUCAUGUCUAAACACCAGGAAACGGGAAGACAUUGACCAGUUGCACAAGGAUUGUCAAGCACUGAUGGACCGAAGAGAGGAGGCUUUGCAGAAGAAACUUGCAGCCAUGGAAGCCCGACAUGAGCAGGCGUUGUCGGAGAUGGGAGCGGUGAUCGACAAGCAGAAUCAUCAGAUUAGCAACUUCCAAUUCGAUAUAAACGACAUCAUCGAGAAAACAGACACUGCGAAGGGUAUGAUGAAACAAGUGCGGGGCGCGAUAAUGGGUACAGACUUCGUUCAUUAUUGAUGAUCAUUGGAUAACCAAAAACAAGCACCUUCAAAAUCAAGUCCAGGUUCAUGCAUGAUUACUCAUCUACUGCUCCUUUGUUCUUCUGCUCCUACUAGGUGUUCCCGAGAGCGAGUACAAGGUAUGCGAUCCCGACAGCCCCGACCCACAUGUGAAGCCCCACGCGAAUAGUUUCGACUAUACGAAGCAGACCCUGCACGACUUGCUGAACGAGGUCGAUCCGAAGUAUGUUCCUCCGGUGGGUUCGCUCUGCGUCGGUCCGCCACCAGCGCCCAUUGGCUCCCCUCUGCUGCGAAAACUCGACUACCAGGGGCACGAUAUGCUGGGUAUUACUGCAAGCAGAGGAUAGAAGACGUAGGUAGACCCUUGAUGCUCCUGUAAAAAGGCAUGAUGUUCAGGACGAGUUCUUGACCAAAAAGAAACCAUCACAAGUCUUCUGAGAAUUGUACGAAUCUUCUCUACAGAACUAGUUAUAUUUAGUUUUGUGUUGAAAUAAGCAAAAACAGGACGAGUCAAUCAAGAUGUUCUUCCAUAUCAUGCAUAUGAGGAAGGUAACCACACAAAUAUUAAAUCGCUUAUGAAUCCCUCGUAUUAUUCCCUUCAUCCAAAACCAUAAAUUCGAGCAAGCAUAAUUCACUGGGAUCUAAAUGUACAUGGGAAUAUAGCUUGGAAAAUGUGACCAAGCAUGGGAAUACAUAAAAGGCAUCAAAAAUAUUGUGCGAAACUAGAAAUUGAAGUUCAUCUUCUUGUUCUUGUUUAAUCUAGUUUGUGACUUCUAUUAAUGAAUUGUGGGAGGUUCUUGUCGUAAAUGUAUAGUUUUAUUGGGUGAAAGAUUAUGGAUAUGGAGUCAAUUCUUAAACAUCAAAGUCCAGAACGAUCAGAAACGAACACCAUCUGUCAUCCGUAGAAGCAGAAUGCACAGUCGUGAAUACUGAAUAUUGUAGAAGUGAGCAGCUAACAAAUUUUUUGGAUGUGAAAAAUGGGUAUUAAGAAUUAUUUUUGUGGGUCAACUUCAACGUCACUUGAUCAGCAGGACCACUCUGGGG